UUUUUUUAAAAUAAAUUUAAAAUAAAUAAAAAUAAUUAUUCAAUUAUUUCGUUAAAUUUUCCGAUUGAUCAGUAAUUAAUUCCCAUAUUUAUUUGAUAUCAUGGUUUUGUUUGGCUUGCAAGGGAUCCGGAGAUUAUCGUUUUCAAUAAAAAUUCUGAACAAUUACUGCAACAGUGUCAGAUAUCUUUCAACCUCAAGAAUUUUGCAGUGUCAGACGGAUGUGCAAAGAAAAAGGGUUACACUAAUUCCAGGAGAUGGAGUGGGGCCAGAGUUGAUGACCUCCGUUAAGGAUGUCUUUUCAGCCAUUGGGGUUCCGGUGGAUUUUGAGGAAAUUUAUGUUAGUGAAGUUCAAACUGGAUUGAAGGCCAAUGCAGAUGUGGUCAUCGAGUCGUGCCAGAGGAAUAAAGUCUGCCUCAAGGGCAUCAUUGCUUCCCCAAUACAUUUCGAUGGUGGCUUGUUGAUGACACUGAACAUGAAAAUCAGGAAAGCAUUAGAUUUAUUUGCAAACGUGGUGCACAUAAAAAGUAUGGAGGGCAUUAAAACUCGCCACAACAACCUUGACAUUGUCAUCAUCAGGGAGUCAAUUGAGGGAGAGUACAGUGCCCUAGAACAUGAGAGUGUUCCAGGAGUGAUUGAAUCCUUGAAGAUUGUGACCAAAACCAACUCCCAGCGAAUUGCCAGAUUUGCAUUCGACUACGCUGUGCAGCACGGCAGGAAGAAGGUGACCGCUGUCCACAAGGCUAACAUCAUGAAACUGUCAGAUGGCCUCUUUUUGGAGCAGUGCACUAACAUUGCUAAGAGCUAUCCGACCAUCAAAUUUGAAUCCAUGAUCAUCGACAACACGUGCAUGCAGUUGGUGUCAAGGCCACAGCAGUUUGAUGUCAUGGUGAUGCCGAAUUUGUACGGUAAUAUAGUGGACAAUCUGGCAGCUGGUUUGGUCGGGGGGGCUGGGGUGGUCCCUGGCGAAAGCCACAGUACCGACAUUGCAGUCUUUGAGCCAGGGGCUCGCCACUCGUUUGCUGAGAGCGCCGGGAAGAACCAGGCCAACCCGACGGCCAUCUUGAUGUGCGCUGCCAACAUGCUGGAACAUCUCGGGCUGGAUCAGUAUGCCAGAAUCAUCAAAACCGCUCUCUGCAAGGUCGUCGCCUCUGGCAAGCACCGAACCAAUGACGUUGGGGGGUACACCACGAAGACGGAUUUCACCAAGGCAGUCAUCAAAAAUCUCGCAUUUUAAAACUGAACUCUCUGAAGUCACGAUGAACUAACUGGAAGUGGAACAAAUCACCGAAAAAAAUAUUUUUUUUUUAAAUUUAGGUAAAUCUUAAAAAUGUCGACUGAUAUGAUUGUUUCAUUGAUUGUAUAUACAUUUGAUAGUGGAUGAUAAAUUCUUGUUGAUUAUUAGUUAUUGAAAUUUUAAAUUUUUUUUUCCCUUGAUAAUGUAUAGAAGUUUACAAAUCCUUGCUAGGUUGAUUCUAUUUCAAACAUAAUUUGUACUUAAAAGGUUUAAAAAUUUGUUUCAUGAAUCUCUCAGCUUCGUCAAUUUUAAAGAAAAACCCUCGUAUUUUUAUGUUAAUUAAUUAAUUAAUUAAUUGGUUAAUAAUUACUUUCAAUUACUUUUAAAACUUUUAAAUUGCUAUAUUGCUAGGCAAAACAUUUGGUUUUAGGUGUUUAAAUAGAUGUUAUUUUUGAUGUGAUUGGUUUUUGACGUGUGUCCGCUUACACUAACUGCAGUUAUUUGUUAUUCUACUCAUGAUAUGGAACAAAAAGUUAAUAAUUUCACCAAAAAGUCGAAACUCUAGCUAGGGUAUCAGUUUUUUCUCAUUUCAUUUUUAUUACUUCGUUUAAUGUUGACUCAGUUUUUGCAGUUUUCAUCACGGAAUUGGAAUUUUUCGAUGUCAAUCUUUUUAAUAAAAUUUA